AUGAGCCAGGUGUCCGUCAGAGCCCACUCAGAGGCUGGACUGUGUACGGGCUGUGAACACCGACAACAGCAGCUGAAGCGUGAAUUAGCAUCAGCUCCGUUCUGUGUGAGGAAGUUUUCUGUCAUGGACGCAACUAUAGCCAAGGGAGAUCAUGGGGUUCAAAAUCCAGGUGGACAAGGAGACAAACCUGUCAAUUUUCAGGAUUUGGAAAGCAUCCUUCCCAAAGCAGUUAAGAGGCGGGUCCAUGCUUUGAAAAGGCUACAGGUGCAGUGCGCUAAUAUAGAGUCCAAGUUUUAUGAAGAGGUUCAUGAGCUAGAGAGGAAGUACUCUGUUCUGUAUCAACCACUGUUUGACAAGAGACGAGACAUUGUCACAGGCACAGUGGAGCCCACAGAUGAGGAGUGCGAGUGGCAGAGUGACAAAGAUGAGGACGACGAGCUGGCUGAAUGUGUUAAGGAAAAAGCUACUAUUGAAGAUGCAAAGAAAGAAGAAACCACUCCACAGGAAGAACUGAAAGGCAUCCCUGAAUUCUGGCUCACUAUUUUUAGAAGUGUGGACAUGCUCAGUGACCUGUUACAGGAACAUGACGAACCCAUCCUAAAACAUCUGAAAGAUAUUCAAGUGAAGUUUUCAGAGCCUGGACAGCCAAUGAGUUUUACGUUAGAGUUCCACUUUGAGUCAAAUGGUUACUUUAACAAUACAGUUCUAACUAAAGUCUAUAAGAUGAAAUCAGAACCUGAUGAGUCCGACCCAUUCUCUUUUGAGGGCCCAGAGAUUAUAGACUGUGAAGGUUGCCAAAUAGACUGGCACAAAGGGAAAGACGUGACAGUGAAGACUAUUAAGAAAAAGCAGAAGCAUAAAGGUCGUGGCACCGUCCGCACUGUUACCAAACAAGUUCCUAACGACUCCUUCUUCAACUUUUUUAACCCAGCAAAAGCUUCACCAGAUGCAGAGGAUGAGGACUCAGAGUUCGCCCUCGCGUCUUUAGCCUCAGACUUCGAGCUCGGACAUUUCUUCCGCGAGAGAAUUGUCCCGAGAGCAGUGCUGUACUUCACCGGAGAAGCAGACGACAGCUUUGAAGAAGAAGAAAUGGAGGAAGGAGACGAAGAGGAGCAGGAUGACGAGGGUGACGAAGAGGAGGACGACGAUGAUGGAGACUUUGACCCUAAGAAAGAGCAGCCUCCACCCGCCGAAUGCAAGCAGCAGUAA